GGUUAACGCAUGCGCAAAUAAGGAAAUUGAAAAUUUUCAAGAUGGCGGCCAUGGCGAAGAUAUUCUCUGGAAAUUUACGACAACUUGCGGUGAGGAUGCCAACAGCAAUAUGGAGGUUGACAUCCAGUAGCUCGACUGUUGAUGGUGGCGAUUCCAGGAAACAGGCUACCCCUAGUCCACCAUCAGUACCCAAAGAGGAAGCAGAAGAUAUAAGCACGUACAAAGUGACGGAGUACUUUUCCUAUAAUGAAUGGUCUUUCUAUGAUAUAGAAAACGACAUUGAUGCUUCUGGGCGGAGGCAAACUCAACCAGACCCUAAAGUGAAAUAUACACAUUCAAACCCUUGGACAACCAACGAAAAGGCUGCUGCAUAACUCUUGAAAAUAACUUCUUAACUAAUGUCCACAUCUCUGAAUGUUAUUGAACAUUAUAAAAGAAAUAUUGUUUUUGCAGUUAGUGAUGUGUUUAGUUUACACCUAACAGUUGAACCUUUAUUUCAUUUUCUUAAUUUGUGGGAGAUGAUUAACGAGAAAUGUGCAGGAAAAAACCUUGUCAAAGUCAAGUUGCAUGAUAUCGCCCAUUAACUGAUGUAAAUAUAGAAAAAAUGACUAUGUCUGUAACACACCAAAUCUGUAAUAAAUAAAUUUAGACAUAAGUUUGUUAAAGAAGA